AUGGAGCAAGAAUCACAAAAGAGAACGCUAGAAGGCAGCAGCAGCUAUAAGUCACAAAACACACCAAUUCAUUGCGUGAAUAACUGUGGUUUUUUUGGAAGCCCAAACACUAAUAAUCUCUGCUCUAAAUGUGACAAAGAAUUCCUUCUGACCCAACAAGACACAACUGUAUCAACAAUUGAUGUUCCAGUUCAUGUUGCCGAAAACAGUGCAGCAGCAGCAGCAGCAGAAGUUGAAGGGCAACAAGAAGGAGGUGCAGAAGAGAAGCGGCCGGUGGUGGUGGCAAACAGGUGCAGCUUCUGCAGGAAAAAGGUGGGCUUGACAGGGUUUAAAUGUCGGUGUGGACACACUUUCUGUUCGCAGCACAGAUAUUCGAACAAGCAUAACUGCGUGUUCGAUUAUAAGAGUGCUGGACAGGAUGCUAUUGCUAAGGCCAAUCCUGUUGUCAAGGCAGAUAAAAUUGAUAAGAUAUGA